GAUGGAAUAGAAAAAUUUUCACUUAGUAUUAUCGAUGAAUUCGUUCCUUACUUCGAUUCUUUUUUGUAUUUUUCAUUUUACUGAGCGCAAAAUUUGCAAUCUCUAAAUUGUAGAAUUCGUUGCAUGAAGAAUAGUGAAUGUUUUUUUGAUUUCUUUUUAAAAUUUCUUUUUCUAUUUUAUCUGGUGAACAUUGAAAAUCAUGAAUCGAAGUCGAGCCUCAUCAAGAAUUGCAAGAAGACAAACAAAAAAUAGUGAAAAGACUGGAGAUAUUGUAAAUGGAACUGGUCAAAGUCUUUCACAAAAUGGUCAAAGUCUUUCCCAAAUAUUCGAUGAUAUUGAUCUUUUGUUUGGUAAUCAUAAAUCAAAGUUUUACCCAAUAUAUACGCCACCAAAUAAAAAAGUAAAUACACAUAAUUUGGCCGAAAUUCCAUCUUUGCAAUCAGAUGAAGACAGUAUACUUGGCAUUGAUAAUAAUUCGCAAAGUGGCGAAAAUAAUAACGAACGUAAUGAACGCAAUAUAACUCCUCGAAAACAAUAUGGAAAACGUAAAAAUGCAAACAGUUUAAUCGAAUCUCGGAAUAAAUUUCGUCAACUUUUGAAUCAGAUGCAGAUAAAAACUCGACCGCAAAAUGGUCAUGCAAACAAGAAUGAUUCUGCAUUUGAUGGUUACGAGCUAAAAAGUCGUCGUGUUAAAUAUGAGCCAAAAAAAUCACGCAAAGAAACCAGUGAACAAGUAUCUCCAAUCAAAGGUUCAGCUAAUGAAUUUGUUGUGAAAGUCUUUGAAAAAUCAGUUGAUUUAACGUCAUAUUGUAAAAUGAAUCCAAAUCAAUAUAUACCAUUAUAUCCGAUUUGUCGACUUUGGGCACGUGAUAAAAUUGGUAUACCAGAAAUGUUACGUUGUAAACGCAAUCCACAGCCACCACCUAUGAAUGAACCACCCGAUCCAGAUGGUCCAUAUUCAGCCAGUCCAGUUGAUGUAUGUCAUCUUCCCAAGCCUGAGCCAUUACCUCGUGAUGAAGAUGGUAAUAUUAUAAAUUUACGUAUCCCCGAAAAAGUGCGAAAUAAAAAAAAUCCUCGUCAAUUCAAUGAUACAUCGUUUCUAAAUUCAAUGGAAAAUCUAAGUCAAGAGGAAUUGCUUAAGCUUAAUAUGCCCGGUUGGAAGCAAACAAGAAGAGAAAAUCUUGAAGCUUUACGACAGAAUGAAAAACGUUACCGACAUAGUUUUGCAAUUCUUAAAUCAAUUUUCGAUAAAGCCAAUAAUAGUGAAUUAGGACGCGAUAUGAGUUACUAUAAAUAUCCUCCAUAUGAAUCAGAAGAUCCAACUGAAACACAACAACAAUCAACAUCAACAAGCCAAUCAUCAUCAUCGACGACAACUGAAACGGCGGCUGAUGAAGAAUGACGACAAUAACAGGAACAAUGUAAAUUGUUACGAAUUAAACGCAUGCUAAACAUCCAAUUAAUAUAAUAGUCCUCAAGCAUAUUUCAAAUUCUAAUACAUCAUCAUCGUUAUAACAAAUAAUUAUAUUACUUGAUUUUAUCCAUA